GUAAUUUUAAAGGUAACUGUGUGCGGGGUAGAAUCUAACUAACGUGCUGCAGAUGGCGCCUGGCCACUCAAUGAGCGCAUGGUGACAUUUUGACAACCCACACGUUUCUCUAGCCUUUUUUUCUGCAUGAUCUCGCUCCAGUUUCCGUCUGAGUAACGCGUCGAGCGGGCCCUGGUGAUGCAGCCCGCGUUCUCCACCGUGAGUUUUCACUUCUUGCCUCUGGCAGACAUGAUUUAGAGAGCUGUGGUAUUUUAAACUCAGUCAGAAAGAACACAACCGAGCUCACAUACCCAGCAAUGGCAAACAGCAGUUUCUUCGUUGUCGUCCUGUUUUUUCUUUGCCGUCUGGAUGCGGCGCUCGCAGAUACCAAUUUGCAGCACUGCUACAGGCUUGAGCCCGGGACAAUAGCGGGCAUCAUCUGUGCAGAUGUGUUACUCACUCUUAUCAUUGUUAUUGUCACCUACCGAUGCGCCAGCAAUCGCCGCCGCAAGAUAGAAAGCGCAAACAAAGUCUACAUGAAUGUCCGGGCUAACUGCAAAAGCUAGUCUGAGGAUGAAGCACGAUGGAGCACGAUCAAACUGUGUUUCGUUUUGUCUUUUAUACUGUCGUACGUUACAUUAAGGUCAACAAACUCAUUUAAACAGACCAAGUUUUUUUCACUUGCAACACUUUGCCCAUUGCUUUGCACCACACCCCGUAAAGGGGCUUUUGUACUCACUAUUUCUCCUGAACGCUACAGCUCCGUAGAAACAUUAGGUGUGUCAAGCGAAUUCACCGCCGCUGGGGGCAAAAUCUAUCAGAACCUGGAGGUUGCACAUAUUCACAAAAUGAAUAUGGCAAUGGGGACUUUUGCUAUCUACCAACGAUAUCGUAACACAUCCUAAGUGUAUUAAUUCUUUUCUAAUAACUAAGAACUUCAUUGAUGUGAGAUGUUUUACAGUCGGCGUAGCCGCCGACUCAUUGACGACAUUCAGAAUGCUGUACUUAAAACAUCACAGUCGGCUUCAAGGAGUUAAUAAAACACUGCUAAAGAAA